CAGUGGGCGCAGUCUUGAAAAAAAAGAAAUCCAAAAAGCUCCAUUCUGACUUGUCCCGUUGCGCACGAUGAGCUGAAUCUGCUCCGGAGAGACCGAGGAAGAUGGCGGCGAAUGACCGUUCCCGGUCCGAAGCUGCUAAGCAGCGACGACAGGAUCAAUUACAACGAUGGUUGGGCUCAGAAGCCGAGCUAACAGGACCGGACACACGGGAACUUGCGACAGGACCAGGGACGCGACGGGCCAAGGUUCGGUUUGCUCAAGGGGCCGUAUUUAUGGCUGCUUGUUCAGCUGGGGACCGGGAAGAGGUGGCGGCGCUGCUAAGACAGGGAGCUGAUAUCAACCAUGCCAAUAUAGAUGGAUUGACAGCGCUUCAUCAGGCAUGUAUAGAUGAAAACGCAGAGAUGGUCCAGUUCCUGGUGGAGAGCGGGAGCGAUGUGAGCCGGGGAGACAACGAAGGCUGGACUCCUCUUCAUGCUUCAGCUUCCUGCGGCUUCAUCCAAAUCACCAAGUACCUGAUAGAGCAUGGUGCGCAGGUGGGGGCAGUUAACAGUGAAGGAGAGCUUCCUCUGGAUGUGGCCACAGAGGAUGCCAUGGAGAGACUCCUCAAGGCUGAAAUCAAGAAGCAGGGCGUAGACGUGGACAAGGCCAGGCGGGAGGAGGAGAGGAUCAUGCUGCAGGAUGCCAUGGCUGUGUUGGCAGGGAGUGGCACUCUCACACCUCACCCAAACACCAAGGCCACCGCUCUCCACGUAGCUGCCGCCAAGGGCUACAUUGAAGUCAUGAAGGUGCUGUUGCAGUGUGGGCUGGAUGUGGAUAGCCGGGACUGUGAUGGGUGGAGCCCACUGCAUGCAGCAGCUCACUGGGGACAGGAGGAGGUGUGCUCCCUGCUGGCUGACAACAUGUGUGACAUGGCUGCCGUCAACAUCGUGGGCCAGACCCCUUUGGAUGUUGCUGACGAGAAUCUAGUUGAUACUCUGGAGGAGUUGCAGAAGAAACAAAAUGCUCUACGCACUGAGAAAGCCAAACUCUCUCAGACGCCUGUUAUCGAGACCAGCCCGCCUAUCUCCAUGGCUCCAGUUCGCCCACGCAGGACCUCAAUCUCUCGUAUGAGCAGCAAGGAGAAGAUCUGUCUCCACGAGCGUGAGAAGCACCCCCCUCUGGCCCUGCAGAGCAGCCCUGCUGAGGACGAGGAGGAGGAGGCCCCGCCAGCCUCCCAGGCCCAGGCUCAGACCAAGGCCUCCUGCAGCUCCAGCUCUGAGGACGAGAGCGAGUCCGAGAGCGACACAGAGUCAGAGAAGGCAAAAAACCGAGAGAUUAUCAACAACUUGAACAAUAAGCGCAACAGUUCUGCACCCCAUGCUACCUCUACGGCAACUAGUACUUUGGGAAACCAGGUUAAAAAGCAGGACCCAGGGAAGCCCCCAGCCCCUGAGGCCCCUGGCUCCUGGAGGACCUCUCUGAGGAAGGCAGGGAGCUCGGUGACUCUGGGCUCGGCCGGCGUGGCUGACCCCGGCCAGGAGAGCAGCAGGGACUCUGAGUCUGCCCUGGGCAUGACGCGCUCCGCCUCCAGCCCUCGCCUCAGUUCUGAGGCGGACUCCAAGGAGCCUAGGCUCGCCAGGGUGCCUCCCACUCCGACACGCCGCCUCUUCAACAUCCCGGACAGCAACCCCGACAGCUCCAGCAGCUGGCUAAGUCGUAGCUCCUCUUACACCCGGCGCCACAAUAGUCAGUCAGGGGGUGACCUCAGUAUCUCCAACUCCUCCCUGCCUCGCAGCUCUUCUUAUGGAAGGAGGGUGGAUGACCCCACGCUGACCUCGAGCACAGGAGCCAGCUCUGCUGGACUCAGUCGGCUCAACAGCCUGGUGGCCCAGAGACAAGCUCAGGAACUUGCUGAGAAGAAGGACCCGGUCUCCGUCACCACUUACACCGCCACCAACUCUGUAACCACGACAGCAGUAGACUCUGAGACCAAGCAAAGGCGCAAGUCUUAUCUGACUCCGGUGCGUGAUGAGGAGGCUGAGGCCCAGAGGAAGGCUCGUUCCAGACAUGCCAGACAGUCCCGGCGCUCCACUCAGGGGGUGACACUAACAGACCUGCAGGAGGCAGAGAAGACCAUGAAGACCGACAACAAAGGGAAGGACAAGAAAGAGGACGAGGGUAACCAAAUGAAGGCAGAAGAGGGGGUGAGUGAUCCUCAGGAGGUGAGCUGGAGGUCUCGAAUUGCUAGUUUGCAGAAGUCUGACCUGUUGGGCCUCACCCAGCCUGCUGGCACCCCUCGCCCUAGAGAUGCAGAGGGUGGGACAGGGGAGAGUGAGAGCGACAGACUGGCUAGGGAGAGUAGAGAGAGAAGGAGAGCCCGAGCCAGGAGGAGAGCCCAGAGGGCUGGAGAGAGUGAUGACAACGAUCCCAGUGGUGAGGAGGAGUUUGGAGGCACGCAGGAGCCACAGGCAGGAAGGCAGUUGAGGUCCAGGUCUGACCUGUCCUGUAACGACUGUCUUCUGGGGGGGAGCUCUGAAACAAAGGAUUAUAAGAAGCUUUUUGAAGAUGUUUCUAGAGAGAACAGCCAACUUCAGUGUCAGCUUCAAGACUCCCAGAGGAUUGUCACUCAGACCAGGUUGGACCUGGACAAAGCCACACAGAGACAGGAACGAUUUAGCGAUUGCUCAGCCCUGCUCGAAUUAGAGAAAAAGGAGCGGAGGAUGUUGGAGCGGCGAGUGGCUGAGCUGGAGGAGGAGCUGAAGGUUUUAGGGGACUUGAGAGCCGACAACCAGCGUCUGAAAGAUGAAAACGGAGCCCUGAUCCGUGUCAUAAGCAAGCUCUCCAAAUAGACGGAGAGAGGGAAUCAGAAAACCAACAGGGAACCCCUCCUCCACCCUCGAUCCCUCCCUCCGUCCGCCCUUCCCACCCCUCUCCCUCCUCACAUUCCUCCCAGUGCCAAAGAAAGAGAAGAGGGGGGUGGGGGGGGGGAGAAACAGAGAAUGUCCAAUGCAAAAGAGCACCAUAGCUUGACAUGAUUGUGAUGCCUUUUCAAUGUAGCCUCGGCUAAUCAGAGUGGCUUCAGUGUGUGUGUGCCUUAAUCCCCACUUCUCACCACAGGACGUAAGGUAUGUAGGCAUGUAUAGCUCUGGUCCGGAGCUUCCACAGUAGCAAAGAGAGACUUGACCAGGCUGAAUGCCCUUGGCUUGUGAAACAUGGAUAAACACACAUCUAGAACUGUGUGCCAGGGGGAAACUAAUAUGCACACGCAUUCCUUUAUGUGCAUCACAAACCCUUGAUGCACAUUCCACAAGCCCACGGCAACUGUGUUCUUUUAGCUCCCACUUUCUAUUUAUUUGUUGUGACCACAUUCACGCAACAUAUCCACUAAUUUACUCCACAGACUACUAACCAUCGAAGCCCCACUCUGAUCUACCAGGCACUUGUGACAAUGGUUUUUAUGACCUCCACCCAUCCAUCCAGUCAUUAUUUUCUAAUAUCCUGACUAAACAUUGUUCUUUUCCUUCAACAGUAAGGCAGGCUGAACAGCCAAUUGCCAGUUCAUGUCCAACAGACUUGACUCUUGAAGAUAGGGGAAGUCCAUGGACCUUUUUAUUGGUAGUUUCAUUCCACGCAUGAGUGUUUGAACCCACCUACCUCUCCACCACUGCACUCCCCACUAUUCUUUGUGACCACGGACACACUCCAUGCCCCUUAAUGACCGCAGAUACAGGUCUGUUGACCGCAGCACUUUAGUCACUGCAGAGCAAUACCAGAUCUGUGAGGCUUUUGCCUAUCCUCCUUAUGAAUCAUCUUGUACAGAACAACUCUCUGUCACCCAUACUCCCUUCUAUCUGUUGGGAGAGGGAGAAGUGGAACACCACAGAGCUGAAGGUCAAAGGUCAUUGCACAACAGAACUUGCUGUUCUGUAAAAGCCUAAUAUGCUAUGCAUUGUUUUUUACUAUUACCAUUGAUAUCAUGAUUAAGAUAUUAUUUUCGUAUUUGUUCAUUGUCUAAUGUCAAUCCCUCCCUCUUGCAAAGGGAGCACAGUUCUUUGUAUUAUACAUGUGUAUAAAAAAAUAUUAGUCUUGAAUAAUAAUCUUCUGAAAUUCAAUGUCAUGUAGUCUUCCUUCACAUGUUGGUUUUCUAAUAUAUUAAAUGAAUGUCAGCACCUAAUAAAGAAAGAGUGUGUGUUUGUA